AUGUUGCAGGCUCUGCGGACAGCAAAGAGUGUGCCUGGCAAGGAGCUCUUGCGACUGAUCGAUGAACACUCGCAGUCCUGUGAGGAGUACGCCGAGAUCCUCCCGCAAGCCUGGAGCAGGGUCAACAAGCUGACGGAAGCUCUCCGUGUCGAUCUUCGGGGCUCAGGCUUCAAAGAGUUGCCAGCAGACGCCGCCACCCAGUCUGGCAUUUUCAGUGAAUUUCUCUCCUCGCUGGGGGUUGCGACGGACUUGGUGCAGACUUCACAAGCGCAGGCGGCGGCCUUGCCCUCCGCUACUCCGCUUGAACCUGCAGAGCAAGCUGUUGAACUGGGAGUUCUGCUUGACCACCUCGAGCAAGGACCGGCCAAAGCCUUGCAGGCUGGGCGGCGGCUGGAGAGCGAGCUGAAGGAAAUGGUCAAGCUUCUGCAACGGCUACGAGCUUCAUGGCCCGAGCUUCGGGCUUCUGUGGAAGGAGCCUUCGAAUCUGGAACGCACAUCAGGACAAAAGAUCUUGCGCAGGCCCUCAAGCAGGUUCUGCAGUUCCGGAGACAACUCAGCGCUGCUGUCCCGAGCAUUGAAGCUUUGUGUGACUCCUUGGAAGACGCGACGGAGCAGGUCCGUCAACGAGAGGAGGAGCGCUUGCGGUUCAAAGCUAUGACACGAGAUGUGCUUGACGGCCAGAACAAGGCCCUUGCGGCGCGAGUGUCCGCCGUGUUGUGGCUGAGACGCUGUCGAUCCAGUGCUGCAAAGCCUGAUCAGUCUAGGUUCGAUAUCGAGCAGGCUUCGGAGGCACUGGAGCGCAACUUGGAGGCGGCAAAGGAUAUGGAGAGCCGGCUUGUGAAGGGCGCAGGGACAGUCAUGAAGAGAGAAGCAUGCCACCAAGUGGUGCAGCGCACUGUGGCCAGGUUGUCCGUCUUGCGUGGCAAAGUUCUAGCUGCAGCCGAAACGGUUUCAGCUGCAAGGGCAGACUUAGCCGGAGCGCGGCGAAGCAGCCAGCUGGCCCUGACGGAAGCAGCCGCAACCGCACUGGAGCAACUCAUGACAGCCUUGGAUGAGGCAACCUCGCAUGUGGAUGCGGGUGGUGGCCAGCGAGCUCGCACAGGUGAAGUACAGGCAGCUGCCAGUACAAUCGGCGGAGAGUCGCCGGCGUCGCCUACUUCAGCAAUAGUGGAUGUGUCUCGUGGGCCUCCAGCGGAAGUGCUGCAGGACUUCCAGAGUUCCUUUGCCGGGGGGCUUGUUGCCAUGACCAGCAAGUUGGCGAACUAA